AUGAUUGUUCUUUCUGAAUCUUCGGUUCUACUCAAUGCAACUCAAGGAAAACUGCUAGCUUUAAGGUGGGUAUUCGAUGUCAACUUUCAUAGAAAAUAUUUCAGGAAAAAUUUUAAAUUUUCAUUAGCCAUUUUGUUUUUGGAUGUGUUUAUUGGAAUUUUUGUCCUGGAUAGUUUGCCAAAUAGCAAUAUUCUGUAUACGUCUUUUUGGUCGACGGUGGACAACUUCAUCGAGUACCUGGAUUCUGUAAGACGCCGAGAACUUUAUGCAGAAACUUUUUCUCCUAGGUUAUAACAUGGAUCACGAACAAUCCCGCGGGAUUAAAACUUAACGAACCGGUCAAUACAACUUUGUCGAGCUUUGUCCGUUACCACAUCUACUUGUGGAAAAGUACGGUUUAUACCACUGAUUAUAGCAUUUCAAUCCUUUUUAGCUUUUGUGGAAGUUCUGCGGAUGCCGCAGGUCGUCGACUUUGCCCUCGGCGCCGCUUACCUCGGAGCUUCGACUUUCGCCGCCCUGACGGCCGACAUUUUCCAGAUCCUAACACUUCACAUCCUUUGCUUCGAUGCAUAUGCCUCAAAGUUUACAUCUUGUUUUUCUUGACGAAUUCUGCAAGUUGAAGACUGUCGCACGUGUGCUGGAGCACGUUGGUCGCGCUUUGGGGACUUGUACGAGGAAAAAAGUGGAAUCCACUUCGGAAGAGAACUGAUAAUGUGAGAACAGUUUUUUUCUGGAGCUCAAUUAAAAAUAUUUUCGUUCUCAUAUGCUCGUAAUCUAAUCAACAAUUUCAAUAGUAAUUUUUGAAGGACGAUCAACUGGAUGAGGCCUAACAUAAGCCUUGCGUUAGUUUUUGAAUUGAAACGAGUUGCAGAAAAACUUUUCUUCAAUUUUGAAUUAUCUGUUGUUCUGAAUUUCUUAUAACACAAAUGAAUCUAGAGCUGGAUGUAUAUAUAAUCUAUUUACUCUCGAAUAAGAUCUUAAUUAUUACAUUUUUCAGGUUGUUCUGGAGUCACGCGAGCAGUUUAUCGGAACCUCUCUUUUCACAAUUUUGCUCUUCCUCCUUCCCACAAUUCUAGUUUAUUUCGUCGUUUUCCGAGUGGUUUGUUCCAAUCUCAUCUAAAUUAAUUGAAUAUUUUCUUAUGAAUAGAACUUUACAAUAAAAUCAGAUGAGAUUUUCAGCUGCGAAUCAGCGUCCGACUUGUUCUUGGCUCUGUUCGAAUUUUGGCACGACUGCCAAAAAGUCUUCACGAUUACACACUUGGGCCUUCUUGCUAG